AUGGCACGGGAUGACGUGCGUGAGACGCUACGGGGGACUUUAGGCUGGUCCUUCUCUUUUGCAUCCUCUGAUCCAUCGGUAGCUCGUUGUCUCGUUGCGCAUCCGAACGAUGCCACACGAUUGGCUGAGUGGCUUGUGCGCGAACUACCGCCGUUGAUGCCUAACAUAAUGCCUAAAAUAAGAGCCAAAGCCCCAAAACAAGAAAAAAAUAAUCGAUCAGGCGAUUUAGAAACGCUUUUAGUAGAGGAAGUAGCAUUUGGUGGGAUGGUGGAUAUAAAACAGACGUUAAUGAGCAGAAGCUCGCAAGAAUUAAAGCAGAGCGAGGUCUGUGAGCUGCAACAGGUAUCGACAAAAACAGUACUCAAGAGUUUGUAUACUAAUAUCCCGUUGUAUACGCGUGAAGAUGGUGUUAAAGCUACACGAAAUUUAUUUGAAAUGCAGGCGACAUCUUGUAACGCCCACCUGUCCACACUCCGGGGAGUGUACAUAGACGAGAAAGAAAAGGGUUGUUCGUCGACAUCACCUGCAACUUCAACAUGCACUUUUGCCGUAUUUGAUUACGAUGCACAGUCACUUCAAGAUGUAUUCAAGUAUAAUCAAUCCGUACUGGGAAGUAAUGCAGAUGAUGGGGAUGCAAAUUCGGAAUUACAACGUUACAAAGAACAGGAUGCACUUGGAGAUUUAAAGAAACGGCUCGUACUGUUUCAGCUCAACCAGGUACUCGAGUUUUUACAUGCACGAGGAUUGGCCUGUAACGGCUUUUCUCCCCAAGAUUUGUAUCUAACCGAUACACUGUGGCUCCAUCUUGCUGCAUUGCCCCGUGUACUCGAUGCUUGUUCCAACGUGGGUGGAGAAUCGGAGGGUGGAGAUGAAACUAUACGACUUAAUGUUAGUAUACCAGUGUCUCGUGAUGUUGAUUCAUGUUCGUCAAGAUCAAUUACAGAGCGAUGGUGUAUCGGUGAUCUCAGCAAUUUUGAGUAUCUUAUGGUUCUCAAUACGGCAGCUGGGCGUCGCAUGGAGGACGGCGUGUUCCAUCCGUUUCUACCAUGGGUCACGGACUUUACGGCAGGUCCACAUGAUGGCUGGCGAGAUCUGAGCAAAAGCAAAUUCCGUUUGAACAAGGGCGAUGCCCAACUCGAUCGCACGUUUGCAAGCAGUGUUGUACCCCAUCAUAUCACGGAGAGUCUAUCGGAGAUCACGUACUACAUCUAUUUGGCAAGACGGACGCCAAUGGCGUUGCUUCGGCGCGUAGUUCGGGGUGAUUUUCAAGCACGCGAGUAUCCAUCCACGAUGACGCGCAUGUUUGAUUGGACACCUGAUGAGUGCAUUCCGGAGUUUUACACUGACCCGACCGUGUUCAAGUCACUUCAUGGUUCUGACAUGGAUGAUUUGCUGUUUCCGGUGUGGGGUGAUACUGAAGGCACUCAAGACGCUGCUUCAGAGUUUGUACGAUUCCACCGCGCGAUGCUAGAAAGUGACGAGGUGUCGACACAACUGCACAAGUGGAUUGACUUGAAUUUUGGCGCUGCGCUGAGUGGCGAUAGUGCAAUAACUGAGAAAAAUGUCCCGCUCGUAGUUCACGCUGCUGAUAAAAGCCCUGGCUUCGUGCAGCUUUUCACUGUUCCACAUCCUAGACGGGUUUGUCACCAUCGACCAUCUAAUCCACAUAAACCGAUGGACCGAUCGACAACCUGCUCUAUCGAGACGGAAGCAGAAAUUCCUCGAGCUGCGCUGCGGCCUCCGAAUAGCACCAAGGAGGUUAAUGCCAUGCUUACGAGAGCGGUGCAAGUUGUAACGGACGCCCAAAACGAUGGCCUACCCCUGCCUCCAUUAGCUUUGAACGGAAGUGCCAGUUCAGGUGGGCUGAGUGCUCUAGGAGGUGGAUCAAGAGCGGGUAUGCAAGAGGUCGAAGUCUCGCAGUUUGGUCUUCUAUAUGGCCAGAAUACUGGGGAUGCUGCUACCGGCUUUAGUGGAGUUGGCGGCACAAAUCCAUCGACAGCGGCAUCUCCGAAUGAAGCUACUCGUAGCCAAGUCAUUAUGCGAAAUCUAAAGCAACGCCGACGAGGCAACAAGCCUCGAACUCGAUCGCAUGCGAAUGCAACAGAGCCACCAAAAUCGCCUCCAGUGUUCCUGUCUGGUGGCGGGCGUGAUGCUGUCUCGCCCCCAGCACCCUCAUCCGGAUCAGGAUCGGGCGGGCUGGGUGCGUCCAGGCUGGGGAAUCUUUUCUAUUCCGACUCAUCCAACCCUAGCAACAACAAUAACAGCAUCACCAAAGCUUCUAACGGCGGGUUUUCGAUUGCCUCAGAAAUGUCGGCUAGUCCGCCGAACUCGAUGGGGCCAUUCAGUACCUCCUCUAGCAAUGCAAAUGGCCGAAGCUCCACAGCAAGUGGCGGGCCAGCGGACCAUCUGCGCGUACUAACUGUUGUCGCACCGCACGGUGUAGGUAACGUCAGUGGAGGGUUUAGUGGGUCAGUCGGAGAGCGAGGAGAAGGCAUGGCGUCCUCGCAUCACAUCCGCCAUUCAUCUCUAGGUGGUAGCCCGACCACUGGCUCACAUUUGUUACGCGACCUGUGGCAGCAACUGCGUCAACCUGAGGAUGAUAGCACAGCUGCGACAACCAUCGUCGGCGGGGGUCAUGGGCACGGACAUGGUCACCAUCGGAGUGCUAGUGCAGGUCACGAUCUAAUGUUAGCUGUUGGUGGAGUGGUAGGUGACAUGCAGCUCUCGGAAUUAGACGCUGCCAACGAUACCAUUCCCGGUGUAGACGCUUCUGGGCCACUUGAUGAUGUGGACCUGAAGUUGCUACAGCUUGGAUUGCCGAUUGUUCUUCUAGGGGCUGAGACGAAACAGGAAGUUGACAUUGAAGACCAUGCGCCCCCUGUGCUAGAAACAGAAGCUCUAGGGCUUGAUGAGUUUCAAGUAGUUGCGGAUGAGAUGGUUGAUCCGGUAUAUCGCAUCCCUGAUGAACUCAUGAGAUCUACAGCGCAAGGGUUGACCCCGUUUGAGCGUGCACAAGCUGCUGAUAGAUUUUCCAUGGGCUGUAUCGCUGCUGAGCUGUAUACGCACAAACCUGUGUUCUCGCGGCGUUCUCUGAAAGAAUACCUUUCUGCAUAUUCACGACAACAGAAGCAUGAAGUGUCUAAGAAAAUCACGGAUGGGGAUGGAUGGAUUUCGAGUAUAUUGGCUACCGAAGGCAGCUUAAAGCCCGCUCAGCAGCAACUUCCAUGGAACCACGGCCUAUCGGAACAACUUGCAGAUUUACCGCUUAAUUUGAAGCAAAGCGUGUUGGAUAUGCUACAUCCAGAUCCACGCAAGCGACUACUUCUUGCCAGUAAGAUCGACGGAUUGGAAUAUCGAGGUGCAACAACUAACUCGUUCCGUGCUACGGAGGACGAGAUUUGUGUACUAUCGACCGUUCCGCUGGAUGCGUUUCAUGUGGCUCCAUCUGCGUUGUACCCGAAAAAGAUGAUAGUCGUCUAUAACUUUCUUGCAAAGCUACACAGCGCCCCGGAGCACGAUUGGCAUUCCAGAUUUACUAUUGCAAGAGAACUGUUAUCAUCACUGUCAGGUUUAUCGGAGCUUCUAUUUCGUGUAGCAAUGCCAGAGCUUAUGCGCUUUUUCCGAGCAAGGUCACACACUGAGACCACUCGUGCCAAACAUGUGGCUGCUGCUGUUGUUUUUCUUCUCCCCAAAAUGGCGCAGCAGCUUGGAUGUGAACGGUCUCGCAUUGAGUUACUACCUGAUGUGUUACGCGUUUACGAGAGCAGCGAGUUGGGGCGCUCGCCACUUCUAAGAUGUUGCCUCGGAGCACCAAGCGUGUUGUGCUCCCUUUUGCGUGCAUUUGGAGCGGCUGUGGUUCUCGAUAGCUUUGUCCCUGUGAUACUGGAGUGGCUUAUGCCACCUGCAGCCGCAAAUUCCGAUACGAAGGUAAGGUCGUCGCUGGAGUCGCUGUCCUUACAUUCGCCAUCUCCAUUCGCUGCUGAGUCAGCAGCACUUAUUGCAGUGACCUUCGGUGAGUUGUCGUCGUCGUCGAUGUUAGGCCCAUCGCUUACAGCUAAGUACGUGUUACCACUGCUACUGGCCCAGCUUGGCCGCGUUAAGAGUCGCUGGACACACCUCGCAGACUCCAAGACACUCCGAUGCACCGACAAAAAGCCGACUUUGACACCAAAUGUCAUGGAGGAUAGUGACUCGGUGGGAAGUGCAGAGUUCCAUAUUACCUUCCUAUCCAAGACCAAGCUUUAUGAAUCACAUCACGUAGCGGACGCUGUGUUGCAAGUAUGUCGUGAGCUGGGCGAGUUCCCUGUGGCCAAUAUGCUGCUACCUCGGCUUUUUGAUGUGCUGCCGCGACUUGUAUCUCUCUCCGAACAGAUUGGUUCCGUGCGCAUUGAGGGUAUUCCGGAAGAACUUGGGCGCGAAAUCUAUGUAUUACUGCGCAUUCUGAGGCAUGUGGUUCGUACGCUAAAUGAUCCAACGAAUCUGCACGAUAUAUUGUCUGGACGUACACGUGGUAACCUUAUGGAGCUUUUGGGACAAGCAUCUCCACCCUUCCUACACCCUCGUAUAGCGACGGCGGUGAUUGCAGCCGCAACUGCGGGAAGCCAGCCAACAACAUCGAUGCGAGCAAGCCAGACUGCUGCAAAUUCGACAAAAACGAAAGUGCUACGCAGUCUAAACUUCAUGAAAGAUGCUGAUCACCGCAAUUUACGUGCAUUCACAGUGGUGGGUCUAUCUCGCACGAUCGUAGCUGUGUGUCAAAAGCUCGGUGCAGAAGCUACAGUGGCGGAUGUGUCUGUUGUUAAUGGUAUCAACCGCUUCCUCAAGCGAUGCAGUGAUGUGUAUACGGAGCUAGAAGUGUCCAAUUUUCAGUGGGACCUAGCCAGCGAGUUGGUGAGCGAGCUGUGUGUGCCGCUUCGUACCCUUUUGGGUAAGGAGCUUUUCAACCGACAUUUUCCUAUCGUUGCAGGCAGUUCAGUUCUUCAGCUCCUGUUGCUACCCCUGAGCAGCACUGCUGGCACUGAUCUAAACGGGACUAGCGAACUCCAUAGUCGGGUGCUUAAUAAUGACCAGCGGAACAUGAGUGCCCUUGAUAGCCGACUAGCACAGUCCCAAACUCACAUACGUCAACGAAUGCAAAUGGCAGCAGAAGAAGAAGAUGCUGGUGAUGAGGAAGAUGACGAUGCAGAUGACGACAGUGGAGAUGGUGACGACGCGUCUAUGACAUUGACUUCAAACUCAGACGAUCCAAUGUCAUAUCCACCCGAGUUAUUGCGCUUCGCAUACCAUGCACUUCGACUGUAUUCGGUUCGCGCGACCAGCUUUCUUCGCGUGCCCUCCACGGUGCUAGUAGGUGCUGACAAGGAAGCUGCUCAAUGGGAGACUGCCCUGAGUAAGGAGUUACUGCUCUUGCAGGAAUCUCGCCGCCAACGCAAAAUCGUAAAAGUCGCUAUGGCCCCUGAACGCGCUAGCGCCGACGCCGUUUGGCUUCGACCUCGUAUUCGCCAACCAUUUGAAGCUAGACGCGAAGAAGGAAUGCUCCAUGCACCAGUUGGUGGCUAUGAAGGCGGUGGGGGAAAUGGAGGAAUUUUAGGAAGCUCGUGGGUUUUCAAUGGUGAGAUUCGUCAGUCCAUCAAAGCCCAUUCCAGUUCGGUACGAUGUGUAAGUGUGGAUGCGAAUGAAGAAUUGGUCUUGACGGGAAGCCGACAUGGAUCCUGUCGGGUGUGGCGAUUAGCAGGUCACCCUGUUCAGACUCCAGCAGCCACACUGACCGGAGUGUCCGACAAUCGCCCAAUCCUGGCAGUUGCACGCACUGGUCGAACUGGGCCCCAGGUUAGACAUGCAAUGACUGAGGCAGGCGAAGCGGACGGAAUGGCAGCAGCAGCUUCGGCUUCAUGCAUGAUGCUGUGGGACCUCCAAACUAGUCAAAUUCGAAUGCGACUGCCAUUUGUCGCGACUCAUGAGCCUGUUGUUUCAAUGACUACUGGUAUCUCUGCUGUCGAUGUAGCUGUGGCUACUACGCGACGUGUAGUGUGUGUAGAUGCCCGCACCGGUCCACGCGUUGUUGCCGAGUGGUUCGCAGACGCCACUGGUAUCGGUUCUAGCUCCACUGCAUCGGGUCUACGCUUGUCAGUGGUGGCCGCGUUCAUGGAUAGCACGGGUUAUGUUGCUCUUGGAACCACAAGUGGCCGAGUGGUACUAUUGGACUCACGAACAGGUCGUCAGGCAGCGAAUUGGCAGGCACUGGAGGCUACUACGCGUAUCGUGUACUUGAUGCAAAUCUCAUCGUCGCAGUUGCUCGUCGUGGGCGCCGACAAGGAGGCACGUGUGUGGCGCGUGAUGCUGCAAAGGCACAACUCUCCACAACUCCGGAUGACGAUUACAGGAAUACCCGAAGGUAUUUCCGCUGCACAAAUUUCGGUCCACUCGACAAUGGACACAAAUGUUCUCUACAUUGUCAAUGGUGCUCGAAUGCACUGCGUCCAACUCCUGACGGAACCUCGAGCGAUUGGGUCUGUGCAGCCUCCUGUGAAUGUGCGUAUGGAAUCGUGGCAGCUCAUGGAGUCAAAUGGUGCUGCUAAAAGCAAUAAGAGCCGAACUGUCGCCCAUGGCGUAGCAAUUUUACCUUUGCGUCAACUUGUCCUGCUUGGUACAGAGGACGGGUGCUUGAAGUGUGUCAUUUAA